AUGGAUUUCCAAUUUUCAUCUGUCGAUUGGGAGCAAGAAUCAUAUCCUCAUUACCACGAUCUUGUUGUCCUCCCGUUUUUCAUCAUCUUUUUCCCAUUACUUCGAUUUGUUUUAGACAGUUUGAUAUUUGAGAGAUUAGCGAAACGGCUUAUGUUUGGGAAGGACAAGGAUAAUGCCAAGUUGAAGACGAGUUUGAAGGGGAAGAGAAUCAACAAGUUCAAAGAAUCUGCCUGGAAAACUGUUUAUUCUCUGUCUGCUGAGCUUCUGGCGAUUAUGGUUAUAUACAAUGAGCCCUGGUUUACGAACACGAAGUAUUUCUGGACAGGACCUGGAGAAGAUCAGGUUUGGCCUGAUCACAAAAUGAAGUUGAAGUUGAAGCUGUUGUACAUGUAUUGCGGAGGAUUCUACAUUUAUGCUAUCUUUGCUGUGCUUUUCUGGGACAUACGGCGUUCUGACUUCGUCGCCUUACUGGCUCAUCAUGUCGGUACAGUAAUCCUGAUUGUGCUAUCCUAUAUUUUCAGGUGCGGUCGUGUUGGAGCAGUCAUUUUAGCUCUGCACGAAGGAAGCGAUGUGUUUCUUGAAACUGCCAAGAUAUCCAAAUACAGCGGCCUUCAAAGCCUGGCAAACAGUUUGUUCGUGAUGUUUGCACUUUCAUGGUGGAUACUUAGGCUUAUUUACUAUCCCUUCUGGAUACUUAGGAGCACAAGCUAUGAAGUUCUUACCAUUCUGGGGAAGGAUAACAAAACUACCCAAGAAACUGUUCUUUAUUUUGUGUUUAAUUCUCUGCUUUUCGGCUUACUUGGUCUCCACUUGUACUGGGGAAAGAUACUGGUAAGGAUGGUCAUAACACAAAUCAAAGCAAAAGGUCAGAUUGGCGAUGAUGCUCGAUCAGAUUCUGAAGAUGAAGAGAAACACCAGGACUGA